AUGGCGGCCGAUUCACACAUCAACCACCAAGACGCACGUGAUUAUUGGCAGUCCAUCGACGCGGACGUCAAUGGAAUGCUAGGCGGCUUCCCAUACAUUUCCAAGGUUGAUUUGCAGGGGAGUCGCAGCUUUCUGGUUAAGAUUGGGGUUAGCGGGAAAGGGAAGGAGAAGGUGGAGAGAGCGAUUGAUUGUGGUGCUGGGAUUGGCCGCAUCACAGAAGGCCUCCUUCUCUCCACAGCUACCACUGUCGACGUCGUAGAGCCCAUUGCCAAAUUCUCCAACGCCCUAGCCAACAAGCCCGGUAUCGGCGAAAUCUACAACGUGGGCCUCGAGUCCUGGGAGCCGACCGUCGAAUACGACCUAAUAUGGAACCAAUGGUGUCUGGGUCACCUGACUGACGAGCAGCUUCUUACAUACUUGCAGAAGUGCGGACGUGUGUUGAAGGAAGGGGGGUUUGUGGUUGUGAAGGAAAACAUGAGUAGUAUGGGCGAGGAUGUGUUUGAUGAGGUGGACAGCAGUGUUACGAGGACGGAUGAAAAGUUUCGGGAGCUUUUUGAAAAAGCGGGGUUGAAGAUUAAGAAGACGGAGAUACAGAAUGGGUUACCCACAGAGUUGUAUCCUGUGAGGAUGUAUGCGUUGCAGCCAUCCGGGGAGUCUUAG